AUGCGCUCCAAGGAGCCUUCUAGAAGCAGUCACGCAGACUCUCAGAGGCGGAGGGAACGCUCUGGGGGGUUCAGGGGCCACAGUGGUGUCCGUUACAAAUCCACGGCAGGGUCCAGCGGCUCCUGGGGAGUCCUGCCGUCUCCGGGGCCGCAGACCCUCGCCGCCCCGAAACACGUUCCACGGGAGCGCGAUGGCCGCCCGCAUGCCCAGUCCUCCGCCUUGAGGCCCCCGUGGACCAUGAAGGGGCCCCCCGAGGUGCUGGCGGCCAUGGGGAGGGGGCCGGCCGCACCCUCGGGAAGCUGCGGCUACAGGGAGGAGGCCCAGAGUGUGGCCUUGAACUCGCAGACCGGCUGUGGGCCAGCGGGACCCGAAGAGGCCAAGGCCACGCCCGGAGGCGACAGACCUGGGUGUCUGCGGGAAGCCCGUGCCCCACCCCCAGGGGCCUGCGCUGCUACGGAGGCAGCCCCGGGCCCGGGCCGCACGGCCGCCGCGUACCCCGCAGGUGGAGGCGGGCAGGGGCCGGGAGCUCCCCACGAGCCCCCACGGGGCCGGGGAAACCGCGCCCCUCCGUGUGUGUGUCCCCCCGCAGACCUGACGCUGCAGCUCCUGGCGGUGCGGAGGAGGAGCGGGCUGCCGGCCCCGGGCCUGCAGGAGGCGCUGCGCCGGCGGCUGCGGCUGCUGGAGGGCGACAGCCGGGACGUGGCGCGCGUGCUGGGGGAACUGUCCGCCAGGCUGGUGUCCAUCCACAGCGACCAGGAUCGAAUCCUGGUGACGUUUAAGACGUUCGAGGAAAUCUGGAAGUUUUCCACCUACCAUGCUCUGGGCUUCACGCACCACUGCCUGGAGAACCUGCUGGUGGACGCCGCCUUCUGGCUGCUCUCCGCCCACCAGGAGGAGGAGGAGGAGGAGGAGGAGACGGCCAUCCGGGUGCUGGUGGACCAGGACGCCCUGAGGCUGACCCACGAGAGCCUCCUGGUCCAGGAAGGGCGCUUCUUCGUCCUGUGUCCUGACCACCGGGUGAGAGCAACCGCACCUCCGGGAAAGGGCCCCCAGCCCCUCAGGCGGGCGUCGGGGGGCUCCGUCGGCGAGGGGCCUCCGGGGGGAGACCCUCCGGCCUCCGGUUCCGGCGUGGCCUCUGGGGAGCCGGCGGCAGCACCAGCCGCGGAGCCCUUGACGCCGUUUCAUCAGUGGGCUCUGAGGGUCCCCUGGGGCCCCGCUGAGGAUGCCAACGAUGGACCCCCGGUGUCCGGCAUCCCCCACAUGGGGCUGGGCCUGGCCUCCGCCACGGCCGACUGCCGGGGCUCGGGGCCCGAAGAGCUGUCCUUCCGCAGCGGCGACGCCAUCGAGGUCCUCGGCGCCCAGGUGCCCGGUCUGCCCUGGUGCGUGGGCCGGCACGUGGCCACCGGCCGCGUGGGCUUCGUGCCGACGGGCCUCGUGCGCACGCGGGGCCCGGCGUCCGGGUGGGACCGCGCGGUCUUCCUGAGUGAGGAGGAGCGGUCGUUCUUCAGCCGCCAGGGGCGCUUUUCCCCAGAGGACGCCCGGAGACUCCUGGGCAGGAUGGCGGGCGCGGACGUGGGCACCGCCUACAGCCUGGACCGGCUGGAAGACACCCCAGGGGAGCAGCUGGAGGCAGGAGAAACGCAUCUGCCUUGCGUGAACCCGGAGCCGUGCGAGACCCUGCAGACGGUCAAGAACGUUCUAGAACAGUGCAAAUCCCGCCCGCCCUGUCCUAAGGAGCUCGCCUCCGGGGAACUCGGGGCCUCGUCCAGCGGCGCGAGCUCGCCAGAGCCCGAGGAGCCCCCCUUGUGCCUGGACGCCCGGGCCGACUGGGAGGACCCCGAGACUCCAGACGCACCUCUGCGGGCCCUGAACGUGCCCGAGCACCGGGCCCGCUUCCGCGGCCUGUACGACGCCUCGCUCUCGUGGCUGGACGCCGAGCUCGGCGGCUUUGCGGACGAGGAGGAGCUGGCGGAGUGCCUGGCACGGGCCCGGGGCGCGGCCAAGAAGGCCGGUCUGGGCAUGGCCCUGGCCAGACUCUGCUUCCUGCUGGGGCGUCUGUGCGCCCGCAGGCUCAAGCUCUCCCAGGCCCGCGUGUACCUGGAGGAGGCCCUGGGGGCCCUCGGGGGCAGCUUUGGGGACCUCUCCCUGGUGGUGGCCGUGUACACCCACCUGGCCUCCAUCCACCUGAAGCAGAAGAACAAGGAGAAGUGUGCCCACGUGGUGCCCAAGGCUGCGGCCCUGCUCCUGGGCACCCCGGGCCCCGCGGUCAGCACGGAGGCGGAGGCCGAGCUCCUCAAGUACGGCCUGCGCAGGGCCAUCUGCGCCCGGAGCCCGCAGGCCGAGGCCCGCGCCUGCUUCCUGCUGGCCCGGCACCACGCCCGCCUCAAGCAGGCGGAGGAGGCCCUGCCCUACCUGGAGAGGCUGCUGCUGCUCCUGCCGCCGCCGCCCCCCUCCGGGCCCCCGGAGCCCCGGGCCGCCUCCCGGACCGCCGACUGCCACCUGCUCCUGGCCGACCUCUACAGCCGCCAGUGCCUGCCCCACCUGGCCCUGGGCUGCGCGAGGGCGGCCUCGCGGUGGACCGGGGCCUCGCCGGCGCGCUGCCUGCGCGGCGCGCAGCUGGUGCUCCGCAACGCCCCCCGGCUGCCCUGCCCGCGGAGGGCGGGCCCCGGCCUCCCCGCCCAGCUCGCCCACCACCUCCGGCAGGCGCUGGGCUCCCCGGCCGCGGGCGCGUGGCGGGCGCUGCGCGGGCCCCUGUACGCCGGCCUGGCCCAGCUCCACAGCCACCACGGCCGGCACGGCCCGGCCAUCGCGCUCAUGACGCGGGCGGUGGAGGCGGAGGCGGCCGGCGGCGGCCGCCCCGCCGCGGGCCACGUGGUCGGCCUGGCCUGGUUGCACCUGUUGCACGGGCAGAGCUCGGUGGCCCUGGACAUCCUCCGGUGGGCCCUGGAGGCGGGCGUGGCCAGCGAGGACCGGGAGGGCGUGGUCACCAACAUGAUGGCCAUCGCCCUGAAGAGGACAGGCAGGACCCGGCAGGCGGCCGAGGGCUACUACCGCGCCCUGACCGUGGCCCGGAGCCUGGGCCAGCCACAGAACCAGGCGGUGGUGCUGGCCAACCUCGGGGCCCUGUGCCUGCAGGCGGGCGCCAGCGGGCUGGCCCAGCACUACUUCCGGGAGGCCAUCGGGCUCUUCUCCCAGCUGCCCAGCGGGGCGUGCGGCCGGGACUUCACCCAGGUCCUCCUGUGGAUGGGCCGCCUGUGCACCCGCCGGGCCCUGGCCCAGCGCGGCAAGUGCUACUACCUGUGGGCCUUCCUGGUCGCCGUGGAGACGGACCACCUGGAGAGCCAGCUGCAGGCUGUCCAGCAGCUCUGCCACUUCUACAGCAAGGUGGUGCCCAACGAAGCCCAGUGUGUCAUCUACCAUGAGUUCCAGCUCACGCUGGCCCGCAGGGUGGCCGACAAGGUCCUGGAGGGUCAGCUCCUGGAGGCCAUCAGCCAGCUCUACUUGUCCUUGGGCACCGAGAGGGCCUACAGAUCCGCUCUGGACUACACCAAGCGGAGCCUGGGGAUAUUCAUCGACCUGCAGCGGAAGGAGAAGGAGGCGUAUGCUUGGCUGCAGGCCGGAAGGAUCUACUACAUCCUGCGUCAGAGCGAGCUGGUGGACCUCUACAUCCAGGUGGCACAGAAUGCAGCCCUGUGCACGGGGGACCCGAACCUGGGGCUAGCACUGUUUGAGGCUGCGGGAGACAUCUUCUUCAAUGGCAGCUGGGAGCGGGAGAAGGCUGUGUCCUUCUACAGGGACCGGGCGCUGCCCCUGGCCAUGGCAGUGGGGAACCAGGAGGCAGAGCUGCGGCUGUGUAACAAGCUGGGGGCCCUGCUGGCUGCGCUGGGGGCCCCCCAGGAGGGCCUGCAGUUUGCCCGCGAGGCCCUGGCGCUUAGCGUCACCCUCGGGGACCGGCUGAAUGAGCGCGUGGCCUACCACCGGCUGGCCGCGCUGCACCAGCAGAUGGGCCACGGGGAGCUGGCGGAGCACUUCUACCUCAAGAGCCUGUCGCUGUGCAGCUCGCCCCUGGAGUUUGAGGAGGAGACCCUGUACUACGUCAAGGUGUACCUGGCGCUGGGCGACCUCAUCUUCUACGACCUGAAGGACCCCUUUGACGCGGCCGGGUACUACCAGCUGGCUCUGGCCGCGGCCGUGGACCUGGGCCACAAGAAGGCGCAGCUGAAGAUCUACACGCGGCUGGCCACCAUCUACCACCACUUCCUCGUGGACCGCGAGAAGUCGCUCUUCUUCUACCAGAAGGCCAGGGCCUUCGCCACCGAGCUCAGCGCCCGCAGGACCCGCCUGAUGCCCCCGCGUCUCUACAGCCGGUGCCCCUGGCUGGCCCCCAGCCACCCGCCCUGACCCCCCCGCCCCCC